CACACCACWAUUUCCAAGCUCAACUAAUCAGCCAAACUCGAAAACUCCAAAAUGUUCAAAUACUUCGCCCUCGUUUGCGUAUUCGCUGUGGCCACCGUCAGCGCUGGACUCAUCGAGACCCACCAUGUAGUUCAUGAGCCAGUCUUGGCUAAGGUCGGCUCAGUGGUUCACAGUGCUCCUUCAGCCGUUUCCCACCAGAGCAUUACUCAGGUCCAUAGCAAAGCUGUUGUGAGUCCAGUACUCGCCCACGCUGUCAAGACAACCGUACACUCCGCACCCGUCGUUCCAGUAGUUCAUGCCGCUCCCGUAGUCCAUGCUGCUCCCGUAGUUCAUGCUKCUCCCGUAGUUCACGCCGCUCCUCUUGUACACAGCGCUCCAGUYGUCCACUCUCUGCCUGUGGUUCACUCUGCUCCUGUCGUCAAGAGCAUUGUUUCGGCUCCACUUGCUUACACUCUCCAUCAUUAGAACAUUUCGGACUGGUACACUAAAUGCCGAAUAUUUUACGAAAAUUAAAAUAAAAAAAAGUGAUAUAAACUGAAA